AUGUCGUACCAAACACCUUCUAGAUCAAGGUCGUCACUAGGAUAUCAUGCCUCCAACUCGUCCACAGGCUCACUAAGUCGCACAGGAUCGAACUCAUCCGUAAAACCUCAUGUUAAGAUUGCGCCCGACUUGAGAAGACCUCCUUCAUCCAGAGGGAGCAUGUUCGGAGGAAUGUCCUCUCCACAACCGAGGUCAAGACCAGGUUCUGCCAUGGGAUAUUUCAGCAAUUCAACAAGCAGUAGCAGUAGUAGCAGGCCUCCUACACCAUCCUUCCUGAAAACGGAACCUUACACCGGGUCUAUAACGGUGUCCAUAAGGCCGAACCCUUACAGCGUCAAUGCACUGCAGCCUCCAGUAUGGGAGCUCAACACUGGAGUGAAUUCUAUUUCUAACAAGCAAGAUAUGUCCUCCUUUGUCUUUGAUAAUGUGUUCCCCGUAGAUACAUCUACCACCAAUUACGCUGUUUAUCAAAAAUCUUGUUCCCCGAUAGUUGAUAAGUUCUUAAACGAGGGUUAUAAUGGGACUGUUUUCGCAUAUGGAAUGACCGGAUCUGGUAAAACAUUCUCCAUGAGAGGUGACCAACAGGAUCCUGGGUUUGUAAAGUUGGCAAUAGACGAUAUAUUCAAGAUGAUUGAUUCGAACUCAAUGAAUUCUCAAAAAGAGUUCAAAGUUAGCAUCACCUAUUUGGAAAUAUACAAUGAGAAGAUAAUAGACUUGUUAUCGUCUUCUCCCGCUUCUGGCGCCUCGAUGGACUUGAAAAUUAGGGAUGACUCGACUUACGGAAAUACUAUUGUUGGGAUUACUUCUCCAGUAAUAUCGUCUAAGGACCAACUAUUGCAAUUAAUCAAAAAGGGUGACAAUAACAGAAAGACUAGUGCUACUGAUUUCAACGCCAGGUCAUCAAGAUCUCAUUCCAUAUUACAAAUAAAGCUAAACACUGUGGAUUUGGUUGAAAAUAGUGAACAGCACUCCAUUUUGUCGUUGUGUGAUCUUGCUGGAUCUGAAAGAGCAACUUCAUCAUUGGAAAGAAGAAAGGAGGGUGCAUAUAUCAAUAAGUCACUUUUGGCUUUGUCUACUGUAAUCAACAAAUUGUCCGUGUCGUCUGCCAAUUCUCCUACGGCAUCUUCAAUGCAGCUGCAGUUACAAAAUCCCCAACUGCAACAAGAGCACAUCCCAUACAGGGAUUCUAAAUUGACCAGAAUAUUGCAACCGGCAUUAUCUGGAUCUUCAUUAAUUUCAAUUCUUUGUACCAUCCAUUUGGGAUCAGGAAACGAGCAAGUUAAUUCACUUAAUAACCAAUUUAUAUCUGAAACUUACAAUACCUUAAGAUUUGCUGCCAGAGCGAGGAAUAUAGUUAUGAACGUGAACAAAAAUAGAUUCUCCACUUUCACUGAUAAUGCAGACACAAUUAAGUUGGUGGAGGAGUUGAAGAGGACUAUUGAAUCACAAAAGAAUGAACUACAAUUGCUUAAGUUGCUGAAUCGUAUGGGAGGGUCACCAUUACUGUCGUCUGGUGCAGUCUCUUCAAACAUUGAGACGGACUCGAAAAUAUCUCAGUUGGAAGGUGAAAAUAAAAUAUUGAAUGAGAAGCUUGAACACUUAACAAGAUUAACCGAUCUCCAGAAAACAGAGACCAUUAUUUUGAAGAACGAUAUCUUGAACGAUAUGUUGGGAUCCGGUAUAGAUAACAAUGCACUGCAAGUCAUGAUGGCAAACUUGGAAGAGUUUUACAAAAGAAUAAACUAUGAAAUGGAUGAAUACAAAUCUUAUAUUAACCACUUGGAGAAUCAACUUAAGUAUUCUCAUUCUCAAAAUUCUCUUAAUGAAUCAGGCAUUCAAAACUCCGUCAAAACUAACACCACUAACGACCUUGAUUUCGAGGCUGUAUUAAAAGACCAAGAGGAGGAGAUAUGGCAUUUGAAGGAGUUGAUCAAAGACAAAGAUCACAUAAUAAAAAGUCUUACAAAGACAUCUAAGUUGCGUAGAUUGAUGGAGUCAAAUUCCGCAAACUUACUGGAAGCUAAUAAUAACAGUAGUAGCAAUGAGAUUAAAAAUCCUACUGCCAGAGUACCUGAAGGGAGAGAUAAAGAGAACAAUGCAUACGGUGAAUUGAAGUCAUUUAAAAUUGGAGGUAGACCUUCAUCACCGGAGAAGGAGAGGAACCUGGCAUUUGAAAUGUAA